GUUAGUGGAAACAGCAGAGUCUCUUUGUUAUGUUGAUAAAGUAUCCGUUAGCUCCACCAGUACUGAUCCAUCAGAGUCUCUGUACGUCUGGAUAAACCUGUCUUAAUGGACUUUUAGCUCUUCACCUUUUUUUCUGGAUGUUUUUCCUCUGACUCGUCUCCCGGUAGCCUACAAAGCUAUUGAAGUUAGCUUAGCAUGCUAGCUGGAAACACACAGACGGGGACGGAAGUUAGCAACACAGCGCUAGUCAGAGUUUAAUGUAGAGUAAGAGAGUUUGUGUUGAGAAAACGUUUCUGUCGUGUGAAAAUGUCUAAAGUCCAAAUGCUGAGAUCUUUUGUCAACCAGCGACUAACUGCAGCUGCUGAAGAGAUAUUUGGUCUGUUUGAAAGAACGAUAGCAGAGUACGAGGAGGAGCUUUCUCGUUCAAAAGAGGAGAACGAGCGACAACGGAAACUACUGGACGGUGAUUUAAACCCUCAGCUUCGGCUACAUGGAGCAGAUGUCCAGCAGCUGGUGGUGGUUAAAGAAGAGCAGCAGGAGUGGAGCUCCAGUCUGGACCAGGAGGACCCAGAGCCCCCACACAUUAAAGAGGAACAGGAGGAACUCUGGACCAGUCAGGAAGGAGAACAGCUUCAAGGGCUGGAGGAGGCUGAUGGCAAGUUCUCAUUCACUUCUGUGAAGAGUGAAGAGGAAGCUCAGUACUCGCAGCUUCAUCAAAGACAAACUGAACGGAUGGAAAUAGAUGCUGAUGGAGAGGACUGUGGAGGACCAGAACCAGGAAAAAACUCAGAUCCAGAUACACAUCCAGAACCAGAAACUGAUGGGAAGACUGGAGACUCUGUUGAACCUGAGACUGAACACAGUGAUGAUUGGAAGGAGACCAGAGAACCUCAGUCAGGUUUAAACUCUCUGAAUAAUGAUGACGUGUCUGUCAGUGAUUCAAGAUGUAGUGCUGGUGAGAAACCAUUAAGCUGCUCUGAAUUUGGGAAAAGAUUUUGCCUGAAGAAAGAUUUGAAGAGACAUAGGAGAGUCCACACAGGAGAGAGAACUUUCAAUUGCUCAUUUUGUCAUAAAAGUUUUACGCGCAAGUCAGGUCUGAAGUUACACAUCAUGAGUCACACAGGAGAGAAACCUUUCAGUUGCUCAGUGUGUGAGAAAAGUUUCACUAAAAAUGGAAAUCUGAAGAAACACAUGAGAAUCCACACAGGAGAGAAACCUUUCAGCUGCUCAGUGUGUGGUAAAGGUUUCACUGAAAGUGGAAAUCUGAAGAGCCACAUAAGAAUCCACACAGGAGAGAAACCAUUAAGCUGCUCAGUCUGUUAUAAAUGUUUUUCACAUAGUGGAUGUUUACAGAGACACAUGAGAGUCCACACAGGAGACAAACUUUUCAAUUGCUCAGUUUGUCAUAAAAGUUUUAAGCGCAAGUCAGGUCUGAAGUUACACAUCAUGAGUCACACAGGAGAGAAACCUUUCAGCUGCUCAGUGUGUGAGAAAGGCUUCACUAAAAAUGGAAAUCUGAAGAAACACAUGAGAAUCCACACAGGAGAGAAACCUUUCAGCUGUUCAGAGUGUGGUAAAGGUUUCACUGAAAGUGGAAAUCUGAAGAGCCACAUAAGAAUCCACACAGGAGAGAAACCUUUCAGUUGCUCAGUCUGUUACAAAUGUUUUUCACGUAGUGGACGUUUACAGAGACACAUGAGAGUCCACACAGGAGAGAAACUUUUCAGCUGCUCAGUCUGUAAGAAAUCUUUUGGACGGAGGGAAACUUUACAGAGACACAUGGUAACGCACACAGGAGAGAAACGUUUGUGAUGAAAGAUGUGUGUGCAAUGCAGAACUGAAGGUGCACAUGAUAAGUCACACGGGAGAGAAGCCCCUUUAGUUGUUCGGGUUUUGAUGAAUUUUACAUUAAUCCCAUUCCCUCACUUGUAAAAAAGACCCUGAGAUAUUUGAACUCCCUUGCUUGGGGCAGUGACUCACUUCCCUCUUAUUUGGCACUAUCCAUCGAUUUCUGUUGGAAAACCUUGGCCUCAGACUUGGAGGUACUGACUCAUCCUGAAGGCUCCCCUCUGGGCUGACAAAGCGUGGUCACGGUCCCCGGUCCCAAGCAGGAGAAAUUCCGUUGAACAAGUCCAAAGAAACACACCAACCACUACGAAGUGAUCUCGAAGCUUUUGUCUACUUUACUAAUAAAUUCUCAGGUCUUCUUCAAAUGCAGUUUAGAUGUGUAUUGCAGGGUAAUUUGCGGGGGCAAAGCAACAGCUCAAAUAUUUACUUUACUUGAUUUCAUUACAUUAUUUUCUUACUCAGCUGAGGCUGGGUGACGGUCCCUUUUUGAAGAAUAAAUCCUUUGUGGUGUAGGAAGGGAUGACUCGCCAGGCCUUUGCAUGACACCGGCCUCCUCCUGCUAGGAUGAAGACAUUUCUUCUGCGAUGCUCUUGACUCCAUACAAAGCCACAGAAAUCAGUAUCCUGCUUCACCUGCUCAUGCAGGGGGGAUGUGAAAGUUGAUCGGUGUCCUCUUUGCCGUGAGCAGAGACGAAGUCCUCCGAUGCUUGUCCUGAACAAUGUCGCAAGCCAAAUCCCCACUCGAUGAUCCAAGUCUUCUCUUUUUAUUGUCCUGUUGAGCCAUCCUCAUUUCCACACUCCUCACCUAGCUGAUCAUGAUCUCAUUCAUUGCCUCAACAGGAUACACUUCCUUAUUUUGUCAAAUAGGAACUUGAUUGCUUCACUCUUGCACACAGCCGGUCAUUUCAGUUAGAGUAAUGCUGCGUUCACAUCAAACGGCGAGUAGAUUACAUACAAAGUACAGACGCGAUGAGACUGGAGUGACGCAAAUUUGCGAUGCCGCUGCGUGAUUGACGCGAAUUCGCCCCAAACGCGUGAGUUGACAUUUUUCAACUUAGGCGAAAAAAUGGCGUGACACUGUGGCGUGAUAGUCUAUCAGCGUUGAGAUCCUUCCCCUGUCAUUACUGACGUCCUGCCGUUGUUGAAUCAGGAAACAAAUACU